CGUCAUUUCUGAUUUGUUUUUAUAUCUUUUCUGAUUUUAACCAUGAUGGCAGCGCCUGUGAAGGACCUCCCUAAGUCUCCCCGACCCCACUUUUACCGCCAAACUUUUCAAGCAAAAGACGACAAACUUUUGAGUUUCUUCCUCCAGAAAACCCCAAGUGUACUUUUACGUGAACUGUCGUCCUUUUUGACUGAUAGUGUUGACCUUCCCUCUCUUCUUCACGAAACAUGUGAUGUUCUCAAGAACGUCACCAAGGCGUUUGGGGUCACUUUGUAUAUGGUUGACUCCAACAAUAAUGAAAUUUAUUUGACAAAGAAAAAAGUGAGCGAAUGGCCAAAAUACCGGUGGAAAAUCGAACAAGGGACAAUUGUGGCGGCUUUUGUUGCUUAUAAAAAAGAAUACGUAAUGUUGGAUGAUGUAACUCGAGAUGAACGAUUCCCUGAAGGGAUCGCACGAAAGGGUGAAGCAGUCAAAUCAGUACUAUGUGUCCCUGUUGUGACCCCUGAUGGGGAUUGCUUGGCAGUUAUCGAAUUGUAUCGACAAUCAGACCAAGGGUCAUUCUCCAAAGAUGACCUCAAAAUCACCAUCGUGGUCACGGGAUGGAUGGGAGCUGCCAUUCACCAGAACCAGCAAAGAGUCGCUUUGAAAAAACAGCAAGAACUCAACGAAUAUCUCCUUGACUUGACCAAAAACUACUUUUCCGAUACUGUCAUGAUGGAAAAAAUGAUUUCAGAUGUUGUGAAAUUCGCGAAAAAAACAUUAGGAGCCGAAAGAGGCUCGUUUUUUAUUAUUGAUAAAGAAAACGAGGAACUUGUUGCUGAUUUAUUCGAUGAAGGAAUAGACGAACAAGACACAGGUCUGUAUAAGAAAAAUACAAAAAUCAGAUUUGGGAAAGAGAGAGGGAUUGCGGGAUUGGUGGCAAGAACCGGAGUUGCUUGUAACAUUAAAGAUGCUUACAACGAUCCCAGAUUUAACAAGGAGAUCGACCAAAAAACCGGAUUUACUACUAAAUCCAUACUUUGCAUGCCGAUAAUGGGAGUUGAAGGGAUUUUGGGAGUUGUACAAGUUGUUAAUAAAAUAAAUGGCGGGUUUUUCACAAGCACUGAUGAGAAUCUUUUCAAAACUUUUUCUGUGUAUUGCGCAUUAGCUUUACACUACACCAAAGUCAACCAAGAAAUGAACAAAAUGAUGCACGUUAGCAAUAUUUCGUUGAAAUUAUUACGACUUCAGAUUAAACCUUGCAGUCAUGAUAUCGAAGAGUUUAUUCAGCACCCGGAUCCCAAAGUAACUCCAGAUUUUUAUCAGUUCAGUUGGUAUAUUAAUCUUAAUAGUUUCGACCAAAUGCCCCAAUAUUGUCUUUAUAUGAUACUCCAAGUGGUGCACGUGUCGGAAAUCAAUAUCAAAAAUAUGAUGCAGUUUAUUUUAUCGGCGAGAAAAUUGUACCGGAAUAACCCUUAUCACAAUUUUGAGCACGCUUUCAAUGUGUGCCAUUGCAUGCAUGCGAUUUUGAGGCGCAAUUUGAAAAAAUUUUCGGUCGUUGAGUUGAAAGCGUUGAUAAUAGCGGCAUUAUGUCACGAUUUAGACCACGGAGGUUUCACUAAUAAUUUUCUGCAAUUAAUCAACGACGACUUGUCGCAACUUUACGACGAAUCUUUUUUGGAAAAUCACCACUUUCGUGUGACUAUGACAAUUCUGAAUGAUUGCGAAAUUUAUAGUAAUUUGUCGGAAACCACGUACAAAAUAAUUUCAAAGGAGAUAAAAGAAGCCAUUUUGGCAACUGAUUUGGCGUUGUAUUUUAAAUUUAGAGCAAAACUGGCGCAAAUUUGCAACGACAGUCUUUUUGAUUGGGGUAAUCCAGUCCACCGAAAUUUCGUUAAAGCUAUAAUGAUGACAAGUUGUGAUUUGUCGGGGCAAUGUAAGCCGUUUUACGUCGCAAAGAGAAUCACAGAUAACUUGUAUCGUGAAUUUUAUCAUCAAGGAGACAUGGAAAAAAAGAUGGGUUUGCAUCCUUUAUCCAUAAUGGACAGGGAAAAAACGCAUACCAUUCCCGAGGAUCAGGUCCAGUUUUUAAGCAUUGUUGUUAUUCCUUGCGUGGAUUUGUUAAGGGUUGUUUUGCCCAAUACCGAGGAUUUGUACAAUGAAGCCUGUGCGUUACGUGACACUUGGCAGGAAAUGAUUCAUAAGAGAGGGACAACACCAUCGAAAUAAAUGCACAGUUCUACAAAAAAUCUUGAUAUAAAUAAAUUUAUUUGAGUAAAUAUUACAUAACUGACAUAAUCUAUACAUAAAGCCUAAUUUUCACAAGAUAUAGUAUGGAAACACUUCCAUCAAUUAACUUAUUUUUUCAUAAUUUUAUUAGUAUUUUUAUCAAAGUAUCGUAGGCUUCAUUUCUUCUUAAAAAACUACCAAUCAUAACAUAUACAAUCAUACAUACAUACAUGAUUUUUUAAAAAGAUAUCAGAAGAGAAAAAUAUAUAAUAAUAAAGGUCUUAAUUUCAAAUUUGCAGCAGUACGUAAAAAACUCAGAAAAAGAU